AUGAUUAAUAUGGAUGACACAGCACAGGUAUUGAUAAAAAAGGAGGCAACUGGCCAAAAAUUGUUUGGGGUUGACAAGCAAGCUGAACAAGAGCUCAAACAGCUUAAGCUCAGUGGGUUCCGGGACGCGAUCGAUCGGAGCACUCAUCUGCUAAAAAUCGUGCCAUCCAAUCCAGGAGAUUCUAAGAAGGAGCGUGAGUACCCCAUCAAUCUGAAAUGCUUGCUAUGCAGUCAGGAUUUUGAAAGAAUUAUGGACGAGAAGCCAACGGAUCAGCUUACCAAUCAUAUGAUUUUCGGGCACGGCGAACGAAGUGAGGCUCUACGUGUUCCGGUGGACAGUCCAGCGUUCGAAUAUUUGGAUUUGUUUGGAUGUGAGCUCAGAUUUGACAGAGUGCCACAAUCGAGUCGAUAUUGGUUCGAAUGCGGGCCACUGGAUAGAAAUGGAGCGGACGUUGAUAUCUUCAUAGACUUUAGCCCAUAUAUUAAAACACAGAAUUACCGUAGUGAGGAACCAGUCAUGAAAAGACUCAUUGCGUGGAACUAUGGAGAAAGAGAAUUUGUAAAAUGCGAAUACUUUGCGUUAGCGGAAAAGGAAAGACAGAAGAUUGCUGAGACAUUAAAAAUCCGGGAGAGCUUCGACGAAUUGUGGGCAGUUUUAGAAACGCACAAAGUGAACGUAGACUACCAAUUAAUAAAAAAGGAACGGAAGGAAUCAAAACAAACUAAAACGGAGGCAUCACAAACAACUUCUACCGAAUAA